AUGUCCGACGAAAAUCCCAUCCAAGUACACGCCGUGAUGGGUUCCAUUUUCGCAGUAACAGCGGCCAUCGAGUACGCGCGUACAGGUCGCCCCAAACCUUUCGGUCCAAAUUACUCGACAAACACGGCUUUAGCCCUCUCAAUGUUGGCCUUCAUUGCCGGCGUAGUAAAUUUUGCUCGCACAGGUUCGGUCUCUUCUAUUGCCGCCGGCCUCACUUUCUGUGCUCUCUACCUUCUCAGCUUUGUGCAUCUGCAAGCGGGACAGUGGCAUGGGUACGAGAUCGCCUUGCUGGCCUCCAUUGUGAUGGGUAUUGGUUUCCUGCCACGUAUUGUCGAAGUAGUGGGGAGACCACUUCCUCGGGAAUUUUGUCUGCUGGGCUUGUACGGGACUGUCAUUUUCGCGAAUGCCAUUCAUUUCUGGCUAGGGUUGGGUCUAUCGCUGUCUUUCGCUCUGUUGGCGGUUGGCGAUGAUGCACUUCGCUUUUUCAAGGAGACGAGACUGCCACUUAACGAGCCCGAGUGA